AUGCCCUAUCGGGACGUCGUCGCGGCGACGGCGGCCAUCGGCGCGCUCGCCCGCGGCGGCCGGCACCGCGACGCCGUGGCCCUCUUCUCCCGCGUGCUCGCGGACGGCGUCCCGACGCCGAACGAGUUCACCUUCGGCACGGUCCUCCGUUCGGCCACCGCGCUGCGCGACCCGCGCGUCGGCGCGCAGCUCCACGCCUGCGCCGCCAAGUCCGGCCUCUGCUCCAUCGUCUUCGUGGGCAGCGCCCUCGUCGACCACUACGCCAAGAUGGGCGCCAUGAGGGAGGCCCAGGGCGCGCUCGGGGACACCAGCGAGCCGAACGUCGUCUCCUACACCUCGCUCAUCGCGGGGUUCCUGAAGAACGGGAUGCCCGAGAAGGCCCUCCGGCUGUUCCGGUGCAUGCCGGAGAAGAAUGUGGUUUCCUGGAACGCGAUGAUCGGCGGGUGCAGCCAGGCGGGGCUCAGCGAGGAGGCAGUCGGCCUGUUCCGGGAGAUGUGUCGAGAGGGCGCCAGGCCGAACGAGAGCACGUUUCCCUGCGUGCUCACCUCUGUUGCCAACGCAGGGGCGCUUGGCGUCGCUAGAAGCGUCCAUGCGUCGGCCAUCAAGCACUUGGGCAAGCUCGACGUUUACAUCGGCAAUUCUCUCGUCAGCUGCUAUGCCAGGUGCGGCAGCUUGGAGGACAGUGUGCUGGCAUUCACAAGCAUGGAGCAGAAGAAUGUGGUCUCCUGGAACGCUCUGAUCUGCGGGUAUGCGCAAAAUGGGAGAGCGGAGGAAGCUUUGGCUGCCCACAAGAGGAUGAUAGCAACGGGCUUGAAGGCAGAUAAUGUCACUCUUCUAGGACUGCUGUUCGGUUGCAACCAUGCCGGUCUGGUCGACGAGGGUUAUUCGUUGUUCAAGACAGCCCAGAGAGAGCAACCCGGCAUAUUGAAGCCUGAGCAUUACGCUUGUGUUGUGGAUCUCUUGUCUCGCGCCAAACGAUUCGAUGACGCCAAGAGGUUUCUUGAGGACCUUCCAUUUGAGCCAGGCCUUGGGUUCUGGAAGUCAAUGAUAGGAGGGUGCCUGAUUCACUGGAACAAGGACCUCGCUGAGAGCGUCGCCAACCGUAUUCAUGCACUUGAUCCAGAGGACACUUCUUCAUACAUCCUUCUCUCUAAUGUUUAUUCUGCAGUUGGAAGCUGGAAGAGUGCGUCAAUGAUCAGGAGACAGAUUAAGGAGAAGGGGCUCAAGAGGAUCACUGGCUGCAGCUGGAUUGAGGUCCAGGACAAGGCCCAUGUCUUCUUCAAUGGAGACUCUAAACAUCCUCAGAGUGUUGAAAUUUACAAGAUGCUUGAGGUUUGCCUGGAUGCUGGUGAAGAUGAACACUGCCUUGCAGUAUGA